AUUUGUUUUAAAUGGUGUUAUAUAUCUUGUUUGUACUUUGAUAUACAUGAACCAUUUGUUUGAUUAAAGCGUAUUUCAACAUAUUGCAAAUGUAUGGAUCAAGCUAUUUCACCUAAAGGAAAAUAUGUUAAGAGCAAGUAGGUACAUAUAUAAAACUUCAAAAUCUGUCUUCAAUAAAGAAUAUGAAAUACUUUGCAGAUGGAAGUUGCACAUUUCCAACCACUCUAACUGACAGCAUAUGGGUCAGUGCCGAGAAGGGAAACCUCGAUAUAUCUGGAACAUCAAUCCUUAAAUAUCCAGUUGACAUAUCGGGAGUGUCGACUUUUGACUUCAACUGCAUAGACCAGUCUGGAACAACGUUUCUUUUCCAGGCGGUGGAGUUUCAAAACGUGUUUGGAGUCAUUACUCGGUUCUUCCUCUGCUUGGACAUUCACGAGAUAAACGGGAACGUGCUGAAAUAUUUCCUGGGAACAGAUUACGAUGUAUUUGUACAGGAUUAUAUCUUUCCAUUGGCCCAGGACAUAGCCACUAUCGCACAGGCAUGUAACCGGGCUACACCGUACGAACCGCAUACUUACAUCACACUUGUCAAAAGUGGAUCAGUUGCUGAUGGUUCAGCACCAAUUCAAUGCCCAGUGGGGGUUUUGGCAGUAUUUGACUCCGUAGCGAUAACAGGCCAAACUUGUGCUAACAGUGUCUUAGACGUGUGUUCAAACCGCACACAGAUGAACUUCACCUUGGAUACGCCCUGUGCUACAGAACAAACAUUCGCUGCUGGCGGAGAGUAUUCCUGCUUACAUUACGUCACUUCCGGUCAGACAACAUACCUUUCUCUUUGGAAUAACGAUGCAUCGCCGGCGUAUCAGUUUUCGUGCUUCGCGUUUCAGAAAGUAGGUGAUGUUGUGACAGCAACAGAGACAAUCAAGUAUUGUACCCCUACAACUGAUCAUUUGACCCCCGGUACACGAGACAGUGUAGCAGGCAAGACCAUUGUCGUACAGAAUCCAUCUGAAAUCUGUAUUACAGUAGGCGGAACGACAGCAACCGGGACCGGUCCAGGGGAAACAACUACAUUGAGUCAGAGUGGUCUGUACGCGCUACUAUUAAUUCCAUUGUAUAUUCUGCUAUCGCUACUCCUCCUACUGUUCCUCUGUUGCUGUGGCAAAUCUAGCAAGAAGAAAAAGACUUCAGAGAAGACUCGACCCGAGUCUCCAAUCAUCGUUAUUUCAAAACCGGAAACAAGUAAUCUGAAGUUCGGCAUGCGCAGUGAGCUUUACAUGAAGCGAGGGCAUUCUGGGUUGUUCCGGCCUAAGAAAUCUCUUGUGAUACCCAGCCAUCCAACUUUCCUGCCUUGUGUGUUGCCUCUCCCGCGAGUAGAGCCAAUCUAUAAGGACCCUUUUCUUCUUGAUGAUCCUCCGGCAUCAUCAACCAGGACGGUGGAGCCCCUUAGGACUCUCAAACCUCCUCCCUCCCCUGGUAUUGGGGGACUAUACAGCUUCGAUGCAAUGGAAGAUAUAAUGGGACGAUAG